AGUAUCUCCGGCACUGACAUGCCAUGUAUUUCUGAAAAAAUGGUCUUUGGCAGGAGCAGCCUGUGGCAGCGCCCACACAACACAAAGACUACAAGCCCCGUGAUGCUUUGCGCGCAGUGUACGGAGGCCGGCAGAGCGCGCUGGGGGGGAGGUGGAGCCGGCGGCUGCUGAGCGAGAGCGAGGCUCGGAAUCCCAGAAUAGCAGGCGGGCGGGUCCGGGCUCAGCUGUCUGCCCUCCGCUCCUGCCGCUGCUGCCGGACGAGGAAGCGAUGCACAGGGGGGCUGGAAGAUGGCCGAGCUGCAGAUGCUGUUAGAGGAGGAGAUCCCCGCCGGCAAGCGGGCGCUCAUCGAGAGCUACCAGAACCUCACCCGGGUGGCGGAUUACUGCGAGAGCAACUACAUCCAGGCACCGGACAAGAGGAAAGCUCUAGAGGAGACAAAGGCCUACACGACUCAGUCCUUGGCAAGUGUCGCCUACCAGAUAAAUGCAUUGGCCAACAAUGUGCUCCAGCUACUGGACAUCCAGGCUUCCCAGCUGCGGAGGAUGGAAUCCUCCAUCAAUCACAUCUCCCAGACUGUGGAUAUUCAUAAAGAGAAGGUGGCUCGCCGAGAGAUUGGCAUCUUAACGACCAACAAGAACACUGCAAGGAGCCAUAAGAUUAUAGCUCCAACUAACAUGGAGCGUCCCGUCAGGUACAUUCGGAAACCCAUAGACUACACGGUGUUGGACGAUGUAGGCCAUGGAGUGAAGUGGCUAAAGGCCAAGCAUGGCGGGAACCAGGCCGCAAGAACUGGCACUCUGACUAGGACAAAUCCCCCUACGCAGAAGCCGCCCAGUCCACCAAUGCAGGGCCGGGGGACAUUGGGACGAAAUACCCCGUACAAAACCCUGGAGCCUGUUAAACCUCCAACGGUUCCCAAUGAUUACAUGACCAGUCCAGCUAGGCUUGGAAGUCAGCACAGUCCUGGCAGGACUGCAUCGCUGACCCAGAGGCCAAGAACACACAGCGGCAGCAGCGGAGGCAGUAGUAGUCGGGAAAACAGUGGAAGCAGCAGUAUCGGCAUUCCUAUAGCUGUUCCUACGCCUUCUCCACCGACCGUUGGGCCAGGUCUCUCUGGUGGUCCCACACCUUCACCACCACCACCUCCUCCUCCUCUGCCACCACCACAACCCCCACCUCCAGUCGGCGGUGGCUCGGCUCCUGGUUCCCAGUUCGGCUCAAUGACGAGGCAGAUCUCUCGGCACAACUCUACCACGUCCUCUGCUUCUUCUGGUGGAUACAGACGGACCCCUUCUGUGACAUCCCAGUUUUCUGGGCAACCUCAUAUCAAUGGCGGGCCGCUGUAUUCUCAAAACUCAAUUUCUAUCGCUUCUCCCCCUCCCCCAAUGCCUCAGUUGACUCCACAGAUACCUCUCACAGGCUUCGUGGCCAGGGUGCAAGAAAACAUUGCUGAUAGUCCCACUCCGCCGCCCCCGCCGCCACCUGAUGAGAUCCCGAUGUUUGACGACUCUCCUCCUCCGCCACCGCCACCCCCGGUAGACUACGAAGAAGAAGAAGCCGCUGUGGUCCAGUACAGUGAUCCGUAUGCAGACGGAGAUCCUAUAUGGGCUCCCAAGUCAUACAUUGAGAAAGUUGUUGCCAUUUAUGAUUACUCGAAGGAUAAAGAAGAUGAGCUGUCCUUCAUGGAGGGAUCGAUAAUUUACGUAAUUAAGAAGAACGACGAUGGCUGGUAUGAAGGGGUCUCCAAUGGAGUGACUGGCCUCUUCCCAGGAAAUUACGUUGAAAGCAUCAUGCACUAUGCGGAUUAAUGUCUUACAGAAUUACAUUUUUAAGUUCAGUACCAAGUCUAUCUGAUUUUAAAAUUAAUUGUAAGAAAUAAUGUCUUCGUACAUAUAAAACUGUGGCUUGUUUCUUUUUAUUUUUUUGUUUUUAACCCGUUCAGUGCCAGAGGACUGCUAUUGCACCAAAAGGGUUUAGACCGAUUACAUCUGUGCUCUGAGAAAUAUUUACCCAUAAGCCUCAAGACCAAUUGGUUCAAACAAAACCUGGCACCAGUUUCCACCCCUGUAUUCACAUCUGCGUUUUUAUUUUCAUUUUUCUGGACCAACCUGAAUACACCAUUGGGAUGUAGGGUAUUAUAAUAAAUCCAUGAAUCAUCUUGUGCCACUGACAUGUGUUUUACUCAACAUGUGUUUCCUGUGCAGCAUGAAAACUAACACUACGUUAGGCUACCAUUAACAUUUGGACUCCGAGUUGAUGCUACUGCUGGUUUUAUCGCCUUUCUUCUAGAUAAUUGCUCAUUCUUAAUAUUUAAAAUGUUUUUUGUUUUUUUUUCUUAAAAGCAUGCAUACAAACACCUUUUAUGUAAUGAUUUUUUAAUUUUUUUUAAAUCUGCAAUGCUUCCGAAUUAUUGUAAUUACCAUUAGUACUCACCGGUUUUAAGGAUUUGUCAAGUCUUUUAAAAGUGUCCAUCUGUGAAACAAAAAUGGUUGUAAUCUGUAUUUUGUAAUAUGUACCGCUUCACGUUUUUUGCAACGGCCAUUCCGAAUAACCCAUUUCUCAGUACAGAAAUGCACCAAAAUUUUGUGCAAUUCUCCGUUUACACGCGGCCAGUUUGGUUCUGCAGGCUUUCCAUGGUACGGAGCCAAAACAUGGACUAAAAAGUGUUAUUUAAAGGCACAAUCCCUCUGGAAUGUAGCACAGGAAGAAGAAAUUCUGUACACACUUCUGGAUUAACCCUUGUUUUAUAAAAUGAUAUGAUUAUAUUCUGUCUCUAAUAAACUGUAUCCAUACAGCUCAGCGGUGUAGCUGAAUUCACUG